UAUCGUUAACCUCUUCUUUCCUAUUUACCAAUAUUCUUUUUGCCAAGGCAAAUACAGAGCAGAGAAACUUCGAGUACAAAAGGGCUGGGGAAUUUCCCUUUUCGUUUCAGCAGCAAUGAUUGAAAAAACUAAUGAUGUGAUCAGAGAGAGGAGUUGUAUGUCAACGAUCCCAGAUAAUGGUUCUAUCUUUAUGAUUCAUGAAAAUGAUUCUCUGAUCCCAGAGAAUACCGAGCCUGAAGGUGGCCGUAUAAGAAGGUACUCCACUGGGGAUAUAACUAUCCCCUACACUAGAGUAAAUAUUCUUUCACGAUAUCUCGCAUCGUCAACUGGUUCCUGCCAUGAUUAUUGCAAAUAUGGAACAAAGCAUGAUUCAGAAAUGAAGACAAGGAAUCCCAUAUUAAAGAGCAUCAAAGAAAAGCAAGGCAUGAAUAUGAAGAAGACUGUAAUUUUAGCAGAAAGACAGGGAGGAUUUCCAUCUCCUGGCUCACAAAGACACAACUCCAGCGUUCCUCUUGUCACUGGGCGAAAAGUUUCAUCAUCAACCAAGAAAGAAAUUGUACUUUCAAAACGGCUUUUAUUACCUCUCAAGGUAAGAUCAGGUGCUGGUGAGAAGAAGUUGGUGGCACCACCAGCUCUUUCUUCAUCAGUCAAGAAAGUCUUGAUGCGACCAAUUGUUUCUGUGUUUUCCGAACAUUAUGUUAAAGGAGUUUCUCAACUGAAGGGUCAAAAUGAAGUUGUAAAGGCUGAAUACAAGCAACCUGGCUGUCAGGAUGUUUCAAAGAAGAGUUUGCCUAUCAGUGAAUUAGAUACUGAUGAGAACAAAGCUAUGAAACUUUCUCAUAUUGGAACUCUCACAGCUGGAUUGUCUGCACCUCCUGCUAAGAAGAUCAUGAGGCGCACUAAGAAAGGAAUUCAUUCCACUCAUCUGCCUCCAUCCUCUGAGAAGAAGUGCGUUAGACAUAUUAAAGAUGGAACAGCUCGCACUAGUCGAACGCCCAUAUCUUCUUUGGCAUCAUCCAAGUCUUCCCAUAGCAGUGCCUGCAAUGAAUGCUAUGUAACUGAUCUUAAGAACACUGCUGCGAACAAACUACCAUCUAAGACUAGGCCUAGGAAGGAUGCAGUAGUUUACACUACAGGUAAAGAUUCCGCAGCCAGAAAGGUAAAUUUUAGGCCAGGAAUGGUGGUUGAACUUCAGCCUGAAAAUAGAACUUCAAGGAGACUCAUAUUUAGGCGAAGAUCCCUUGGCGAAGGCCAAAUUGGUGAAACUGGUACCAGCAAGGACAACCUCAAGAGCAAAGUAGUUUGUGAAAAUGAAGCUAAUAGCGCAAAAAUGGAAUCGGAGAAAGUUGUUUUAGAACACAAAGAUAUGCAAGAAAAGAAAAAUGUGCAGAGUUUGUUAAAUAACAUGAUCGAGGAGACUGCAGUUAAGCUUGUCGAGAGCAGGAAGAGUAAGGUGAAAGCUCUGAUUGGUGCUUUCGAAACUGUGAUCUCUCUUCAGGAUUCCAAAACUUCGUCAACAGUUGGUGCUUAAGUUUCCAAUAUCUGUUUAUAUAUUUGAACAUAUAACUGUGUUUGUAUAUAAUAAUCUUAUUCAUGAAGAACACGAUAGAGAUAAAAAUAAUGGAGGUGACAUGAGAGUGAGUGAACUCACAAACUUGUGUGAAGCAGAGAAAGGCAAAAUUAUCCAUUGAGUUGAGCGAACGCUGAUGCAAUGCAUUAAUUCUCUUGUUAAUGUUUUCA